AUGUAAAUCUCUCUAUUCCUUACUUUAUAGUAAACAUAAAUCUCAUAAUUAAAAAAAGAUGAACUAGAUUAUGCAAAAUUAAAUGACUUUUUAGGUACCAACUACUAUGAUAAAUGUAAUAUCUUUAUUUAGAUUUUAGCUAUUCUGGUAAUAUAAGCCUAAGAGAUGAUGGAUAAUUAAAAUUUCAUUAUCUUUUUUAACCAGCUAUUGAUUCUGCUAUUAAGAAACCUUUGAUAUUAUAAUUGCUUAAACGAUCGGAAUGCUCUUUAAUUAUUUUUAUAGCAGAAUCUAUAGAAUUUGAAGAGAAUCUGCAUACAUUGAUAACAUUUCUAAAUUUAUAAAAUAAUAAUGUAGACUAAUAUGCUCAAAAUAGAAUCUUCAAUAUCUGUUGGAUAUUAAAAACAUAAUCUGAUGAAUCAAAUGCUGUAGAUAAUGUAAAUGCUUUAAUUGAAUAUUUAUUAGAUUUCUAAAUUUCAAAAAUAAAAAUCUACUUUGAAAGUGAAUCAUAUGCAGGUAUAUGUGUAUCAACUUUGGUUCAGGAAAUAAUAAAUAAUUUGAAUAACCAGUUAAUAGUGGAGUUUUUAACGAUUUAUUCAUUGAAUUUUAAAUUAUUAAAUAAAUAUAAAUGGAUCUUAAUUGGAUUAAUAAACUUUAAUAGUAAUCAUAUAUAUCUUCUAAUAGAGUUGAAUAAAAUUAAAUCAUUUGAAGACCUUGGUGUAUUUCUAGGUUGUUUUAAGAAAAAUUGA